AUGGCGCGAAGCAAAACGAAGGCUGCCAUUGCCAAGUCUGAUACCAGCGAAGGCCUAAAGAAGUCUGAUGCCACCAUUUUGCUGCUCGAGUUCAGCGGUGGCGAGGUUGCUGUUCUUUGCGCACAAAGCCCAGUGCUUCUGCUUGUCUUUGAGAGAGGCUUCUUCUCAGAGACCGUCUUCCAUGCAUUGAUGAACCGCAUCAUCGAGUUUGAUGAGGAAAGGGACUUGAUAAGGCGCCGGCGCGAGCUGGAGGACUACUAUUCCGUGGAAGACUAUGCAAGGUGGGCUGUCGAUGAUGGGGACGGCUACCCUGCCCAAACUCAAGGUGAUGUAGAUUGGUAUGCCGAAGCUUUUCGCAAGGGCAUGCGCUCGCACCUGGAGUUGAAGGAAAUUGAUGAGAUGGCGUACUUUGCAGAAAUGCUUGCAGAUCGUCACUAA